GGACCUGCGGCACCGCUGCUCGGGCUCAGCCGCAGCAGGGCGCUCCUCCGCCGGGGGGCGGGCCCGGGCAGCCCCGCCGCGGUGACGCACGUCCGAGGCGCCCGAUUGUCCUGGCCGGGGCGCCGGGCCCGCUGCCCGGCUGCCCUGCGAGAGCCCCUCCGGGAGGAGCCAUGCCCGCCGGCGUGCCCUGGCCCACCUACCUGAAGACGCUGGCGGCCAGCCUGCUGGCCAUGUUCGCCGGCGCCGAGGUCGUGCAUAGGUACUACAGGCCCGACCUUAGUAUACCUGAAAUACCUCCCAAGCCUGGAGAACUGAGAACAGAACUGUUGGGUCUAAAAGCAAGAUCAAGCCAAGUUCAGACUUCACGACAGUGACCAGAAUUAGGUUGUGAAAACUAGAACUGAUAAAGUAUCUGUCCAGUCAUCUCAACUGCAGAAAUCCAUGUGUGAAAUUUGUGUAUUCCCUUAAUACUUUCCCUUUUUUUUUGGUCUCUUUUAAGUAAGAGUUACUGGCAGCAUUAAGAAUAAAUGCUGUUGUUAUAAGUCCA